AUGUCGUCGACCUCAGGAAAUAGCUCCGACUACCCAAGGGCAAGCAACUCUAGAUCUCAGCAAUCGCAACAACAGCGACCCUCGCCGCAGUCAACAUCUUCUUACCUGACCUAUCCCGUUUCCCAUGUUGUCUCCGGUAUAUAUCGACGGCUUACAGAGCCAGGCCCGCCUCCCUCCGCCCGCUCGCUCAACCCCAUGAGUGACGCCGCAGUUUUCACUCCCCCACGCCGCACAGCUUCCCCGUUCCACCCUCCGCCACUGACGCCGCUUACCCUCGAAUGCUCUCCAAGUGAUACGGGCCGGCUCCUUACACGGUCAUUAGCUGAGGAGAUUAGGCUGCUGGUUCCUCCUCGGCUCCAGCUCGUGGACACAUGGAAACUGGUAUACAACCUCGACCGGGACGGCGCAUCCCUAUCUACCCUCUAUGAUAAAUGCAGAGAGCACUCGGAAAUAAGCCGACGCGCUGGAUACCUUCUUGUUGUCCGUGAUGCCUCCUCGUCUCCAUUUCCUGGGGCCGGGAAUGCCAACCCUGCUGGCGGCGGGGCGACUACAGGUGGUUCAUUAUUCGGUGCCUAUCUUACCGAUGCACCACACCCUGACUCUCAUUAUUACGGGACUGGCGAAUGUUUCCUCUGGCGGGCUAGUGCUCUUUCAUCUACUUCAGUGAUACCAACUACUAUUGCAAACGGGAACAGUACAAAACCUGGUCAGUCCUUGCGCGAGAGUUUGGAGCAAGCUGGCCUGCCUCCACCUCCAAGUGCGGAUACUACCAAUAUUCGUGGGAGAAAUACUACAUUUAGAGGUGAGGCUGAGCCCAUUGCCCCCAGAAAUUAUGGGGGAGAAUCCCUUCUCCAAUCUUCCACAGCGGAAGAAGGAGGCGGGCGCAAUGACUCGCCCAUCUCACAGACACAGGUUGGGGUCAAUCUAGUUGCUAACCCCCGUGCAGACAGCAGCAGAAGUGGUACCCAUACCCCAGAGCACAUCAGAUUUAAAGCGUUUCCAUACAGCGGAGUUAAUGACUAUAUGAUAUUUUGCGAGACUGGAUUUCUCAGUGUAGGCGGAGGCGAUGGACACUAUGGCUUAUGGUUAGAUGAUUCUUUUGAGAAAGGUGUAUCUAGCCCUUGCCUCACAUUUGGAAACGAACCGCUCAGUGACGAAGGCACCAAGUUUGACGUCCUGGCCGUCGAGGUAUGGAGUAUCGGAUAA